AUGUUUGUUCGUUCCAUCCUGCUGGGUGGCGCGGCUGCCGUGGGCGCCAGCGCGAUGCUGGUCGUCCCUGAGAUGGAAGCCCAGAUGGACAACAAGCAACUGGAAAGUAUUGAAGAUGAUUUUGUGCAAAUCAUGCAGCCUGUUUAUGCAAAUGUUGACUUCAACAUGAUGCUCAACUGCGACGAGUGUCCUUUCCGUGAAGUCAACGAGGAAGGUGUCGUCAGCUGGACUGAUGACAAGCCAUCUGCGCUCUAUGUCAACUUCCGCGUGGAAGACAACCGCUUGCUGGCCAACGACCAACAAAUCUUCCCUCCCGUUCCUCCAGGCCCCAUUACUGUCACCCAGAUCGCCAGAGAUAGCGUUGACGAGUCGAGCCCCGUCACCGUUGGCUACGCCCUCGAGGUCAUGCCUCACCCCCGCCCCGCCGAUGCGCAGGACGCUGACAUGCUUGAUGUCCGGCUCACUAUCCUGGACCUCGAGUCCCACCCCGUUCCUGUUGACACCAUUGCGAUCACUCUGAUUCUCACCCCGACCGGCGACAUGUUCCUUGCCGAUGGUGACUUCGAGAAGUCCACCGGACACCACCAGAAGCAGUCUUGGAAGCAGUGCCACGGCAAGCCCAAGUGCCUGCAGGAGCUCCUCUUCUCCCGUAUUCAUGAUCUUUUCUCGUCCGCCAAGGACCGUGUUAUGGGCAUGGGUGGUAAGGGUGGCUGCAAGGGCAUGAAGGGCAUGAAGGGCAUGGGUGGCCACCACAAGCAGCAUGAUGAGUUCGGCCUCGAGGGCGGCAAGGGACCUCACCACAAGCACCACGACGACUUUGAUGGCGAGAAGGGUCCCCACCACGAGCACCAUGAUGACUUUGAUGGCGAGAAGGGCCCCCACCACGAGCACCACGAUGAGGCCGAUUUCGAUGGAGAGAAGGGUCCCCACCACGAGCACCACAAUGACUUUGAUGGCGAGAAGGGCCCCCACCACGAGCACCACGAUGACUUUGAUGGCGAGAAGGGUCCUCACCACAAGCACCACGACGAGGCCGAUUUCGAUGGAGAGAAGGGUCCCCACCACGAGCACGAGGAGGGUUUCAUGUCCAUCGAGGAGCUUGAGGAGAAAUUCGGUUCCAAGGCCCAGGGCCACAACCCGUGGGCUGUCCACCACGGUUUCAACUCUGAGGAUGCUGAGGGCCGCCCCCCUCGCCCUCACCACAUGCACGGAGGUCCCCACGGCGCUUUUGCCCACACUUUCUCCCGCGUUGUGCGCUUCAUUGUUGUCCCCGCUAUCCUGGGUGUUUUGGCCGGUCUGACCGCCAGCGCUGUUGGUAUGCUUGUGGGCCAGGCAGUCAUCUUCCUCUGGCAACGUUACCGCGGCACCAAGAAGCAGGAGCACAAGGCUGCCUGGGAGUCGGGCAACGUCUGUGAAAAGCAGGGCCUGAUGACCGAGUCUACUGAGGAGUACCUCCCCGAGUACACUGAAGAGGCUUCCCAGAUCCGUGGAUCCAUGGACAAGAACUAG